AUAAUUUCCUUUCUUCCGGAGAUGUGGAAGAAAGACUUGAAAUUGUAAGAAUCACACCUUUGCUGGCAGCUGUGGUUAAACUUGUCGUGGGAUUUCGGAGUCAGAAAAACCUUGAGAGAUCUGGUGGGACUUGUUUUGGAGCCGGGACACUAGGGGCAGGCCCAGGGAGAAAUGGAUGAAAAGAGGCUGCUGGAUCCAGGGUUGAAAGUUCAUAAAGGCCUCUGGGAUUAUACUCUGAAGAGCCAGCAGAUGGAAUGCCUGAGUGACUGAAGAAAAUGGGUGCUAAUGCAUCUAACUAUCCUCAUUCAUGUUCCCCGAGGGUAGGGGGAAAUUCUCAAGCCCAACAGACUUUUAUAGGGACAUCAUCCUAUUCUCAGCAAGGCUAUGGCUGUGAAUCAAAAUUAUAUAGCCUUGACCAUGGCCAUGAGAAACCACAAGACAAAAAAAAGAGAACCUCUGGCCUUGCCACCCUCAAAAAGAAGUUUAUUAAGCGUCGAAAAUCGAAUAGGUCUGCUGAUCACGCCAAGCAGAUGCGAGAACUCCUCUCUGGUUGGGAUGUUAGAGAUGUCAAUGCAUUAGUGGAGGAAUACGAGGGAACUUCAGCCUUAAAGGAACUUUCUCUACAAGCCAGUUUGGCUAGACCAGAAGCCCGGACAUUGCAGAAGGAUAUGGCCGAUCUUUAUGAGUAUAAGUAUUGUACUGAUGUAGACUUAAUAUUUCAAGAAACUUGUUUUCCUGUUCAUCGUGCCAUUUUGGCGGCAAGGUGUCCAUUUUUUAAAACACUGCUUUCUUCCUCACCUGAGUAUGGGGCAGAGAUCAUAAUGGACAUCAAUACAGCUGGUAUAGAUAUGCCUAUGUUUUCUGCUUUGUUACACUACCUUUAUACUGGAGAGUUUGGAAUGGAGGACUCAAGGUUUCAAAAUGUCGAUAUCCUCGUUCAGCUUAGUGAAGAAUUUGGAACACCAAAUUCCCUUGAUGUAGAUAUGCGUGGACUUUUUGAUUACAUGUGCUAUUACGAUGUCGUCCUUAGUUUUUCUUCAGACUCUGAACUGGUUGAAGCUUUUGGUGGAAAUCAGAACUGUUUAGAUGAGGAGCACAAAGCUCACAAAGCUGUUAUUUCGGCACGGUCCCCAUUUUUUCGAAAUUUAUUACAAAGGAGGAUACGGACUGGUGAAGAAAUCACAGACCGAACUUUGAGGACUCCCACAAGAAUUAUAUUAGAUGAGUCCAUUAUACCAAAAAAAUAUGCAAAAGUUAUAUUACACUGUAUGUAUACCGAUAUAGUGGACCUCUCCGUUUUGCACUGUAGCCCCUCGGUGGGGAGUCUCAGUGAAGUUCAGGCUCUCGUCGCAGGGAAACCAAACAUGACCAGGGCAGAAGAAGCCAUGGAACUUUACCACAUAGCACUGUUCUUGGAAUUUAACAUGCUUGCACAAGGCUGUGAGGAUAUCAUUGCUGAGAGCAUCUCAUUAGAUACCUUAAUUGCCAUCCUCAAGUGGAGCUCUCAUCCAUAUGGCUCCAAAUGGGUGCACCGACAAGCUUUACAUUUCCUCUGUGAGGAAUUUUCCCAGGUCAUGACUUCGGAUGUUUUUUAUGAGCUCAGCAAAGACCAUCUACUUACUGCUAUCCAGUCUGACUACCUACAGGCAAGUGAACAAGAUAUCCUUAAAUAUCUGAUUAAAUGGGGUGAGCACCAGCUGAUGAAAAGAAUAGCAGACAGAGAACCAAACUUACUGAGUGGCACUGCUCAUAGUGUGAACAAAAGAGGUGUGAAAAGACGAGACCUGGACAUUGAAGAGCUUCGAGAGAUCCUUUCUUCUCUCUUACCUUUUGUUCGCGUUGAACACAUCUUACCUAUAAACAGUGAAGUCCUAAGUGAUGCAAUGAAAAGAGGCUUGAUUAGUACUCCUCCAUCAGAUAUGCUUCCUACAUCAGAAGGUGGAAAGUCAAAUGCCUGGUUACGGCAAAAAAAUGCUGGAAUAUAUGUUCGUCCUCGACUCUUCUCUCCCUAUGUGGAGGAAGCAAAGUCAGUGCUAGAUGAGAUGAUGGUGGAACAAACAGAUCUUGUGCGUUUACGAAUGGUUAGAAUGUCCAAUGUGCCAGACACACUUUACAUGGUCAAUAAUGCCGUACCACAGUGCUGUCACAUGAUCAGCCACCAGCAGAUCAGCAGUAACCAAUCAAGCCCUCCUUCGGUGGUAGCCAAUGAGAUUCCAGUUCCUCGUCUCCUCAUUUUGAAAGACAUGGUCAGACGUCUGCAGGAGCUCCGACACACGGAGCAGGUGCAGAGAGCCUACGCGCUGAACUGUGGGGAAGGCGCCACGGUCAGCUAUGAGAUCCAGAUCCGAGUCCUGAGAGAGUUUGGUCUUGCCGAUGCCGCUGCAGAGCUCUUGCAGAAUCCUCACAAGUUCUUUCCUGAUGAACGUUUUGGGGAUGAAAGUCCGCUCUUGACACUGAGACAGUCUGGGAGAUGUCGUGUUAACAGCACCCCCACUGCAGAAACCAUGUUUACAGAUCUAGACUCUUUUGUGGCCUUCCAUCCACCUUUGCCCCCUCCACCACCUCCAUACCAUCCCCCAGCUACUCCCAUCCAUAACCAACUCAAAGCAGGCUGGAAGCAAAGAACUCCCAGUCAGCAUCCUUCACGUUCAUUUUCUUAUCCCUGUAAUCAUUCACUGUUUCACUCCAGAACGGCUCCUAAAGCCGGCCCCCCUCCAGUCUAUCUGCCAGGUGUUAAAGCCCCAGCACCUGAUUGUACCAACACCACAGGACUGGGGAGACGGACAGUAGCUGCUGCCGCCGCCGCCGCUGCCGCCGCCGCCGCUACCACCUCCACAGCAAUAGUAUCUGAGAAACAAGUGUGUACACAGCCUGUGCUAAAUGACCUAAUGCCGGAUAUUGCCAUGGGUGUGUCCACAUUGUCACUCAAGGACAGGAGGCUUCCAGAGCUUGCUGUAGACACAGAAUCAAGCCAGUCAGUUUCUGAAGUAGGACCAGGGCCUCCCCAGCAUCUGGCGUGUGUCCCACAGAGGCAUGUACACACGUCUCGAAAGAAACACACACUAGAGCAAAAGACAGAUGCUCGAGAAAAUCAGCAGGAAUAUCCGGAUUUCUAUGACUUCUCAAAUACUGCUUGCAGACCUUCUACUCCUGCUCCUGGCAGACGCACCCCUUCCCCUUCGCAAGGUGGAUACUUCGGUCCUGACCUGUACAGCCACAAUAAAGCAUCACCAAGUGGCUUAAAGUCAGCCUACCUACCUGGCCAGACCUCUCCUAAAAAGCAGGAAGAAGCUAGGAGAGAUUAUCCGCUGUCCCCUGAUGGGAAUCUACACAAACAAAAGAACGAGCCAAUACACCUCGAUGUCAUUGAGCAACCUCCCCCGCGGUCAGACUUUCCUCUGGCCGCCCCGGAAAAUGCUGGCAGCGGUCCGGCGCACGGCAGGGGGCGGACAGCAGUAGAAACUGACUUGACUUUUGGGCUGACUCCUAACAGACCUUCACAUCCUGCAUGUAGCUCUGAAGCUCCAGAAGAGAGAUCCAGUAGAAGACUAGCUGACAGCGAGUCCCUGGGCCAUGGAGCUCAGCGAAGUAUGGAUUUGGAAAGGGAGGAUUCAGUAAGCAGAGGAAGGAGGUCACCAAGCAAACCGGACUUCCUUUACAAAAAGUCUGCCCUCUGAGAGCAACCUCCAUGUCGUCUGUGCCUGAGAUGUGAAACAUCCCAUUUUAUUAUGUAACCCAGCAACUUGGAGACCCGCUUAUUGAUGCCAGCUGAUAACUCAGUUAUUUUAUUCCGGUUUUUGUACAUACAUGUUUAUUAGACAUGGCAUGCUAAGAGGGUUAUUUUGAAUGCUGCAUCUGUCUAUUUUGUGUUUGAACAAUUGUGUGGGGAAGCAUUUUUAACAGCAAGCAAGCUGGCACUUUUUUUUCUCUUUACAGAUGAAUUUUUUGCACUUGUCCAUUUAUUUUAUCUGUAUUGAUUUUAUAUCAGUAUGUUAAACUUUAUUGCCGCAUUUAAAGGACUGUAUUUUCAUACUUUUUUGCAUUUUGCCAUUCAUCUACCAAUUUCCAUGUGCAUUGGAUUGCACACUAAGAUGUAUUUUCUUAUGAAAUAGUUCUGUGUUUAUUUUUUAAUUAUAGAAAUUCCAAAGAACAGCACAUCAAAAUGCUCCUCUCUUUUCAAUAAUUGUUUUGGUUCGGAAAUCUUCCUGCUCAGUCUCUUUAAAUCUAUUGUCAUUCUUUUUUAAUAAGUCUGGGGAGCUGGUCUUCGUUCCUUCAGUGGGAGUCCCGUCAGGAUCCUGGAGUUUCCUAGUUCACUAGAGAACAGGAAGGAGAAAAGCUUUUUGUACCCAGGCUGCUCUUGCUGUGUUCACAGUGCAGAUGCCGUCGGAGCCGCUGCAGAUUCUGGUAGCAUGGACUAGAGUCAUGAGAUGAGACUCUAAAGAGAUGGAGUUCUUAGAAUCCUAACGCCGUGGAGAUGGCGACGUAACCUCCAGCCUGCACCACGGGCUUUCUGGUUCCAGCGUCCUCGACUCUCCAGCUGAUGGGGAAGUGACUGCUUGCUGCCUUCAGUUGUCUUGCUCUCUGUGGGAAAACAAAAAACAAGGGCUUCAGUCUUACGAUGUCAUUUGGUGUUUGUAAGCAUAUGUUUUCUUUUAAAUGUUUUUAAAGUGUGUCUGAAUUUUGGUGUCCUAUAAAAAAAUUGUAUAAUGCAUAACGCUUCAUUACCAAAAGAGAAAAAACUUUUUUUUUUUUUUUUUUUUUCCAGUGAAAACACUACAUGUCCUACUUGAACUCCACUAGGGAUGCUGGUUUGGGAUUUUACUGAACCACUGAGCACAUGGGAUCUUUAAGAUCUUCUCCCUUGGAAGGGCAAUGUGUGAACUAAGGACUUUUUCUUACUCUCCAAUGUAAAUAUAUUAGUAUUUGAGUUUUUAAAUCACUUCAACAUUAUUCGAGCUUUCACUUUGUAUUUUUACAGUCACAUACACACAGCCGUAGCACUUAGAAGAGAAGAGAGUUUCUGCACAGUCCCUCGGGGGCGUGUGUGUUUGGGAGUCUCUUUUCUGUGUGUGUGUGUAUAUAUAUAUAUAUAUAUAUAUACACACACACGUACACACACACACACACAUAUAUAUAUAAAACUAUGAAACACUGACACUCACUCUAAAACUAUGCAGGGCUAGGGAGCCUUUACAAGCUCACAUAAAUGAAUUACAUGCACUUUUAAGUCAAUAGGUUUCUAUUGGGUGUCAACAACUCGGAUUCCUCCCAAAACUGUAGAUACUCUUACAUUCUUUUCCUACUUUACCCUGUGGAUGUACACUCAGGAAUAAUCUGGCAUUUUUAAAAAAUCCUGACAGUAGGUCGUCUCAAAGAUGAGAAACAUCGGUAUGUCUGUGUACACCGGUACACUGCUGCCUCUCGUUCUGCUACCCGACUUCUUAGCUGCUGCUGGAGUGUCCGCCCGCAUUGUGAGGUUGCGUACUGAGCUCCAGAGUUAACACUAACCUAUUUGUAAGGUCAGCUGUGCAUUGCCUUUGAGGCUCCCUUUUAUAAAGACAGAAAAACAGGACUGACUGUUCCAUUUUUAGGAGGUUUGACUCUAAUAGAUUAUGGUGUCUUUUGAAGCCAAUCUCAGUCUGUCUCCCAGAAGCUAAAAUUAAUUCCAUUAUAUUCCUUAAUGUGUGUUUAUAUACUUGUGUUGACAUGAAUUACUUUGAUGUAGUUUUAAAUAUCCUGAAUUCAGACUCUACUGUGCUGGUACUACAAACAAGAGUGAGUAGAGUUAAUUUGGGUGGAAAAAACUUGAUCUGUGUUUUUUAAUUUAAAAAAAACAAUAACAACCUUAGACAAGAGCUAUUGAUGUCACACAUUUAUUCUCCUGAAAAUUUAUUAAAUAUUCUUUCAUAUCCCCGAAGUGUAAUUAUAAAAAUAAGUGGCCACUGUUCAUAGUUUCGUUUAAUUUAUGAAGUUUGCUUUUAAUAAUUUAGUAGCUUACCUGGCUGAACUACGUGUACAAAGAGAAACUUACUUUAACCCAUGGGAUUGUGAGCUGAUGUGACUUGCGAAGAUAAACAGAUGUGGUUGUGUGUGCUCGGGUAGGUGUUAGACUUUCAGUGUGUCUUGUGAAGUGUGCUUAAUAGGGUAGGUAGGUUGAAUAGCUCUGUGCCUCUGGCUUUUGAACCCAUCUAUUUAAUCUUUUUUAAUGCUUACUAAGCAUUAAAAUAUUUUAAUGCUGUACUAAGAUAAAAUGUGAAGUCUGAGUAGGAUUGCUCUCAGAAAACACACACACAUGUACAAUGUAAAAUUUGGCCACAGGACCUGGCAUUUUACUCAGUGUAGAAAUUUUGUGAGAACCAAAUCGCAGAGUAUCAGAUCUUAUCUCGAGGCCCCGACAAUCAGGCCGUCAGACAAUCACCACUCUGGGUGCCCACUGGGUGGAGGUUACAGAACUACCAUUUUGUUCCUGGAUCACAAAGAAUUUUGGCGUUUCUUCAAGAUGCUAUUGGUCUUUUUUUUUAGUUUUGUGAUUUUGAUGAACAAUUUAAGUUCAAAGUCACCUGUGACUCCUAAGGGAAAAAAGCAUGAAAGGCGAAAUUAUUCCUGAAAAAUGGUGGUUUGAAUUUUCCGCAUACCAUACCCUUUUUCACCUGCCCCCUCAGCUUUUUUGAGGUGUGUGUCCCUAGACCUAAACUCUCCUGACAUUUUGAUAACCAGUUAGACUUUAUGGAUUUUUAACAAGGUCCUUUUGUUGAAUCCUUUUGUAUAACUCUCUAAAACUUCAUCUAAUUCUCAGUUUUGCUCCCUCAAACUCUGUUUUUAUUAUAAUUGCUAUCCUUUAUUGGGCUUUCUUUUGAUUGGUUGUUCAAGUUCUGGCAAUGGGCAAUACUUGUCCAUUGAAUUAAGGUGAUGGUGCGGAGUGUGAGGGGAACAGCCUUGAGGCAGCAGGGCCUGCAUGUGUCCAUCUCUAGAGAAGAAGGUCUAACAUUUCUCAGUAACUACUCAGCAAAAUACGUAUUUUCAUAAUGUUUAAUCUGCCUUUUAGGAAAUAUGUUUCAUGAAACACUUGUAUUUGUUUUGCAUUUCUAAGGCAUUCAUGUUUAUAUCUUAGGACUGAACUCAAAGGGAAAUGUUUGAAUUUUAAAAAAUUAUUUGAUUCACUUCUUUCUAUUGAAAGUUACUAUUAAAGCAGCAGUGAUGGGUGCUAUUCCCAAUUCUGCAGUGGUUUACUUCGUCUACUAAGUAAUUUACUUUGAAACCUCAUUACAGAUAACCUUACUGAAAGAGUUACCAUCACACGCUAAAAGGUAUUUUACUGUUUUCCAUCAGCACUGUUGAAUGAGCAACGUUUUCUGAAUGUUCAGCUGUCUUUUUGUCUGAUAAAUUUGCAAUAGCUGUUAUGUAAUUCUUGUAUUGGCAGGUCUUUGAUAUUUUUUCCUCCAGAAAACUCUGACCGUCUGUCAAUCUUCCAUAUUCUAAAUAUUAUAUUGCUGUGGUUGUUUCUAUAGAAAGAUUAGUUGCAAGUGUGUGUCUUGAAAAUAACCUCUUGUGUUUGUGUGUUUAUGUGGGCUCUCAGAGAUGAGCUCUGGAAGCUUCGUCAUGUACCUGCACCUGACUGUUCUGUAAGCAGGUGGUCUGGAUCCUGCUCUUCGAUGGGGUGGCUGAAAGGUAAAGGUUCUUGAACUUCUUGCUGUUUAUGUCCCGCAUCUAUACUUCAGAAGUACUUCUACAACACUGCAUUUCUUGUGGUUGUGCUGUUACUGGUAUAAAGUCAAGUGCCUUCGAUGCUAAAGGCUCAGAAAUUUUUCUUAAACUGAUUUCAUGUCCUAUGCAAGUGUUUUCUACAACCUGCAUAACCAGUACUUUGUAAAACUUGUUUACGCUUCAAUUGUACAUAGUGUUUUUUAAGGAAAUAUAUAGUAUUUUUAUUUAGGUACCUCCAAACUUGAAUUUGUCUGUGUGAAGCAUUGUAAAACGAUACAUCUCUCUUUUGAGUAUCAUUACCGUUGUACAAAGGUUUUCACUGGUUCUAUUUUUCUACUGUUACUGAUAAGCAUGUAACACUGACUUUAUCCUACAUAUAGUUGGCAUUUCAAAUAAAUGGCUUGUAUAGAA